GCUUAAUUCUCAGUCAGCGCUACGAAGUCGCACUCAGUGAAGCGCUCUUCACACUUUUUUCUGCUUUGUCGAUUGCAAGGAGGCACGAGGACGCUCUUCACCGCGAGACUACAUUCAUCUCUCCUCCUCGAGUGAGAUCGAAGCAUGAUCCGCCGACUGACUGCUAUGCCGGCGCGGUGGGCCGCCACGGCCGCCUCGAGCAUCGGCGCCUCCUCGCGUGCCUCCAUGCCGCGGUGGUGCGCCACCAAAAACGAGGCGCCUGCGGACGAUGCGGAAUUCGAAUUCUUCGAAGACGAUUUGUGGUUCCUCGAUGAAAUGUUCGACGAAAGCGCGGGGGAUUUGUUCUCGUACAUUCCCGAGGCGGACGCAAACCUUCUCGGUAACGACCAGGCCACACCCAAGUAA